GUGUUUCUUGUGGCAGUAUGAAGGAACCGUUUUUCGGUUUACACUUCCUUGGCUCCUGACUCCUGACCAAACAAGAGUUUUCAGAGUUUACAGUAUAAGUUAAAGACCAAAGAUAUCCAAGAAGGGCUGUAGCUCGAGGAGCACAUAGUUCACAAUUGCAAUCUUCGUUUAGUGCACUAUAUAGUUCUUUGACAGAAGGUAGUGCCCAAAGAUCGACUAUAUCACUGUUGCGGGCACGUUUUCACCCUGCCUCCAUUUGCAGCUCUUGAUUUUUUGCUUGAAGAAUCAUGUUCGCCUGGUACAAAACGGUAAGGAGACGGAGACAGUGGAAAACUUGUUUGCCCAGUGCCAGGAUCAUUUGGAAGGGCCUUCUCUUUGACAAAGAUGUCCAAGCGGAGGAGCCGAUCUUGGUGGAUCCUGGUGCCAGCUACGAGGCCUGUCCAGCUGCUCUCCUCAUGGCACUCCUCAGCUGUGGCGCCCGUGCGGCAGCCGCCCAGCGCGUUCAGCUACUGGAACGAUGGCAUGACGCCUAUGCGGCUUGGAACAGUUUGCCAUGGACCAAGUCGUUGGCCUGGCACAACCUGCAGGAUCCCCUGGUCCGGCUGGGGCUCUAUGCGGUGGUCUCGCAGAGCAAGGUGAUAACUGCGUGCCUGCUGCGGCCAGAGGACCUGUGUUCGAAAGUCAUCUCCACGGCAUCAGAUGCCCUAGAUCGUGCUGCCGGCAUGUCGCUGUCAGUGGCCUACGAUCGCUACUCGAACCUCCCGGGCUAUGGAGAUCUGGCACACUCGAUGCAUGUCAUGUCCAACUAUCCUCACCUCCUCGAUUCAGCGGCCUCCUGCGUGGGUGCCCGGCUGUUGGCACAUCUCUUCACCGCUCGGAGGCUGUUGGACCUGCAGCCCAACUGGGCGGAGCGCCACCUGCAGAGUGCGCAAGAGCUCACGAGGCUCCUUCUCCAGAAUGACUCCCAGCAUCCCAGCUAUGGUGGCGCAGUGAAUGUCUUGGGGCAUGGCCUGGAGGUGCAUCAGCAUUGGAUGAAACAGACUGCAGAGCGUGCCGGGCCGGUCGCCCCAUCGCUGACGGGUGUCUCUCCAUCCAUGGCUCCUUUCGGCAUUUGGGAGCGGCACCUGGAGCCGGUCUUCUCUGAAAGCCUCAAGGACCCGGUCCUGGAACGGAUCUUUGCGCUGAUCGGCAUCACCAAUGGUUACUAUGUCGAAGUGGGAACUCAGUCGGCCGAACAAUGCAACACUCGAUACCUCCGAGUUCGAUAUGGCUUUCAUGGACUCCUGGUCGACGACAACUUUCAAAACCCGCAUGUGAAUCAGACGCGUCGAUUUGUCACGCCGGCAAAUGUGGUGGAGAUUUUCGAGGAGUACGAUGUACCCAAAAACUUUGACUUGCUGUCACUAGACACAGAUGGCUUCGAAUGGCUCCUGUGGAUGAAGUUGCAGGAGGCGCGCUUUCUCCCGCGGCUGGUCAUCUUGGAAUACGGCGAGAGUUUGCCCUUUAUGGAAGACCUUCUAGUGCGAUACUCCACCCUGCCGAUCCAUCGGCUUUGCUUGUCACAGCUGCAACAAUUCCCGCGCGUCUCCGGCAGCAGCAUCUAUAGUCUUCUAAGACUUGGCCUGGCGUGGGGCUAUCACUUAAUCCACGUGGUGGCCUGUGGCACCAGCGACCUGAUUUUCGUGCGCCAGGACGUCCUGGAGGCGCAGAACUUGACAUUCCCAGCGCAAGACGAUCCGGAAGGCCUUUGUGCCCUUGCAGCCUACCAGUGUGAGGCUGAGUGCACAACCCAAUGGCCAAAGGCCAAACCCGAGGAGGAUGUCUUCACCACUGCUGAAGCUGCACUAACGGGUGAUCUCUACUUGAACGACGGUUGGUCCAUGGAGAGGCUCAUGGAGGCACUAUGUUGAAGAAGAUGGCUUUGCUUUCUCAUGGUUGAGCUGGGAUGAAGAGUUGAAAGGCCACCAUCGCUUCCGAAGAUCCGACGAUUUCGCGGCAGUGAUGGCCGUGAUGGCCACGACGUGGGUCGGGUCGCAUGAGCGAGGCCAUGCAGAGCUCAAGGGACUGAUGAAGAGGCUGGUAUUGUGGAAACAAUUGCUGCACGAAGAGCUUACAUCCACAUGACCUUCGUUAGCAACGCCUGAAGAUGACUUGAUUGAUGGAACAGCUUGGAGAUUAUGUGGAUGGAGAAAAUAUGAAUCGCGGAUGACAGACUGCUGGGGUAAUUGCACAUCAACACCUUAGCUUGAACGAAGCACCUGUACAGACUCCUUCUUGUGAUUGGAGCAUGUCCGUAGGAUGAUUGUCGAGUGCUGAUGCAAAACAUGCAAUUCCAUCCUCAGGACUUCCGUCAGCCAAGAUAUGAUAUAAGAUCUGUCGAUAUUUGCCCUCCC